AUGCUCACUGGCGGUGGUGGGUGUGGCGUCAACAGCCCCUCCAACGAUUUCACCGCCCCAAGCGUUGAGCCAAUGUUUAGGCAGCCAAUGUGCUUUUGUGGCUGUUGUAACAUUCAUCACAACUCCACUCGGUCUGGAAGUAAAAUAGUGAAUGGAGGGAUGAGUGGUGUCUCGGGCCAGCGGCCACAAGUCCUCACCUUUCCUGAAGCCAAAACUCCCAUUUCAGGCUUUAACGAAAGUAGACGAAUCAACGUGACCACUUCAAAUGCCACUACCUGGAAGGCGGAUUUUCAAUGUCCCAGUCAUGCAAGCUGUAAAGGCAGUGAGAAACAACAGCAACCGAUGGAUCAAAUGCCUCAACAACGCUGCUGCUUCCCGCCAUUUAUGGGCGGAGGGAAUGUUGAGAUUGUGAAGGUCGGUGAAGGUCCUCCUCUUACGUUAGCUGAUCUUCAAAGGCAUGGAGCCUUUCCAUUUCCCGAUGGAGAUGAAUGGCCUGCGCAUAUGCAUCCACAACGCGCCUCGUCAGUGCAGCAAUCAAGUCACAUAGCAGUACAAGAGUGUCCCACUUGGAGGCCUAUCACCAUACCUGAAUGCAAACGUACACCAAUCUCUGAGUACAGCAACUGGUCACAGCGAAAGAAGUCGGCACAACAGAUGCAAGACCUGCAGCAUGAUUUUAUGAUUCAUCAACCUUCAUCACCGCCUGCAGCACAAGGAACUCCAAAGCCCAUGGUCUCCGAAUCGGGCUGCUUCUGUGAUCAAGGGAAGUUGGUCACAACCACGGCACAGACAGAAAACCCCGUCUUCCAUCAACCGCAUCACUAUCCGAUGCUAAUGACACCCCACGCAUGCAAUCAGUGUACUUGUGGUGGCCCACCAUUUAACCCUGAGCCUUGGAAAGCCGCUAGUGACGCGAACGGCGAAAUGCAAUUCGGGCCUGUUUUAGAGGUUCAGCAAAAGAAAUUCAGUUUACCACCCGCCAGUCACCAUUCGCCUGAACAGCGUACCAGCUACCGUGCAAAACGCAUAUACUAA